AUGGAUUCCACGAGGCCUGAGCCCAGCAAGCAGGACGUAGCAGAGGCCGAGGCCGAGCAGGAACUGCGGUGGACAGAGCUGGGCUCAGAGGAGGCCCCAGGAGCUGGGACACAGGGGCCUAGUGCCCCCCAGGGCUGGGGUCGCCUGCUCCAGGCCGUGUGGCAGGGCCCUGUGAGCCUGGUGACGCAGCUGCUGCGGCAAGGGGCCAGCGUGGAGGAGAGGGCGCUGGGCGUGGCGGCCGGCCUGGGCCGCCGGCAGCCCCUCACCCACCUAUGCUCCCUCACUGCUGUCUUCUUCCAGGACAUCGAGGUGCUACUGGGCCACGGGGCAGACCCAAGCAUCAGGGACAGGCACGGCCGCUCUGCGCUCCACAGGGCUGCCGCCGGUGGACACCUGCCUGCUGUCCAGCUACUGGUAGCCUGGGGAGCCGAGGUGGAUGCCCAGGACUCACUGGGCUUCACACCCCUGCACCACGCUGCUCGGGGAGGCCACGUGGAGGUGGCCAUCCACCUGCUGGACAGGGGUGCACAGGUCAAUGCAGUUGGCUGGCUCCACAAGACCCCCCUGCACCUCGCCACAGAGCAUGGCCAUGGCCUCACCAUAGAGCUUUUGCUGGGCCGAGGGGCCAGCCCCACCCUGAGGACGCAGUGGGGUGAGGUGGCCCAGAUGCCCGAGGGGUGCCUGCUCCAAGUGCUGCCUGCACUUCCAGGGGAGCAGAAGGAGAGCUAGGGGCACACAGCCCUGCAGGCCCUGAGCACCUGGUGGGUAGGCUGAGCCUCCAAGGCCAGAGCAGGACAGAAGGCUCUGGGCUCCACAGCCUCAGAGUUUUCCAGGAUCCUCUCUUGAGCUGAGGCCACCUGCCUGGACAGUCACGAGUGGAGAGGUUCCCAGAGAAGGAAGAUGAGGAGAGAGGCAGUGGCUUGAGCCCCAGUCACAGGCCUGUGGCAGGACCUGGGAUGACCCCUGGCUCCGGAGGGCCUGUUGCCUCUGCAGCUCCGGCCUCCUGAACACUUUGGCAAAGACGAGUUGUGGCAACAGAUUUAACCAAAACCUGAUGGUGUCCCCUCUGUCCACCAUGGGGUGUCCCUCAGCUACUCUCCACACAUGGGGUCUUUUGUGUUCUUGGAUUUUGCACUGUGUACUUGGAACCCAUCAGUCCCGGGACCAUGCUGAUAGCCACGGUGUUUACAGCUCUCUGUCCAUCCACAGUCCUCCUCCUUGUCUAACUCACCACACCAAGCCAAAGUUCCCCUGCCCCAAAUCAUGCAGGGCCAGGUACAGCCAGCUAGGGGCCGCCCCUGUGCACCAGGGCCACCCGGAGUUAUUCACACCAGCCAGUCCUAAGCUGCUGGCCCCACCCGGCCCUGCUUUCCCAUGGAAACCCCAAUAAAGGCUCUGGCCUCGGACUUCCCCUUGUUCCCGCUGCCUCCUGACCUAAACCUGGCGCUUCCCUGUGCGGCCCUGUGUGGUGUGGCAUGCCCCCACUUCCCAGGAAACGUAAGCAGUAAAAAUCUUCUUUCAACACGUUA